AUGAAGCCACUUUCGGGACACGUGACAUCUGGAGCAUCCACCGUCCAAAAUGCAUCAGCGGGUCUUGAGGCUGCAUAUGAUUUCCAGGAUACAUAUCUUCAACUACUCAGGAUAUUCAAUAAUGUUAUCGGGAUGCUCGCAGAGGUACAUCCAUACGCAAAGAUGGUACUGGGCGUGUUGUCUUGGGCCGCAAAAGUAAUUCUCGCUCAAGCAGAUCGCAAUACAGCGAUACUCAACCUUCUCCAGAAGUCGUGUGACGUUUACGCCUUCAUUACAGAAGACAAGAGACUUCACCAGAUUUCGUCGAUGCACACUAUCCUGGGACAGUAG